AUGGUAUCUUCUUCAGAAAUGAGUGUGUUACAAAUAAUAAUUCUCAUAUUUACAAUAUUAUCGUUAAUUUGCUUAUUCCUCAUUUUUAUUACUUAUUGCCUUUUUGAGCAGUUACGUACAUUACCGGGAAAGAACAACAUGUGUCUUGUCAUUGCCUUAUUUUUUGCUAUGGCCUUUCUAGAAUUUGGCAGUUCUUGGGUUAUACAAAUAGUAGAUUCGUUUCUUCCUCUGUCAUUCUUUUCCAUAAUUGUGUCUCUGUUAAAUGCUUUGCAGGGGGUCUAUAUUUUCGUUGCAUACAUAUUCAACAAACGUGUUUUUAUUCUUUAUCGUAGUUUAAUUUGUUAUAAACCUGUUGUCAAGUUUGGUUCUGAAUCACGCAAUGUCACUAAAAAUUAA